AUGAGGCUACUGAGGUCUACCUUAAUCUUGGCCGUGGCUAUUAGCCUGGCCACGGCAGAGGAGAAGGCGGAGAAGGACACAAAGGCUGAAUCCAGCAAUGUUGAAGACAGCAAAAAACAAGACAAAAGAGGUUUAUCUGACUUAUAUGGCGACCACGGCUACGGCGGUGGUUACGGCGGCGGUUAUGGCGGUGGUUACGGCGGGUCUUACAGUGGUGGAUACGGCAGCUUUGGCAGCCAUGGCGGCUUCGGAGGAUCUCUAGGAGGUUUUGAAGGAGGCAUCGGGCAUGGCCAUGAAGAACAUGAAAAGACUGUGACAAUUGUGAAAAACGUCGCAGUACCAUACCCCGUUGAAAAACACAUCCCUGUACCAGUGGAAAAGCACGUCCCAUACCCAGUCAAAGUGCCUGUGCCUCAUCCGUACCCCGUAUACAAAACGGUUCACUACCCGGUAAAAGAGUAUAUCAAAGUACCCGAGUACAUUUCAAAGCCAUAUCCCGUGGAAAAGGAAGUAGCUGUUCCUGUGAAGGUCCACGUUGACAGACCAGUGCCAGUCAAAGUUUACGAGCACGUUCCUUACCCAGUGGAAAAACAUGUCCCCGUUCCUGUCAAAGUUCACGUACCCCACCCCUACCCGGUAGAGAAACACGUACCAUUCCCGGUUAAGGUUCCAGUUAAGGUAAACGUACCGUACCCAGUAGAGAAGAUUGUCCACUACCCUGUACACGUACAUGUCGACCACCCAAGGCCCGUACCAGUUGAGAAGCCUGUGCCAGUACCAGUCGAGAAGCCAGUUCCCUACCCCGUGGAGAAACCUGUACCUUACCCAGUGAAAGUACAUGUAGACCGCCCAGUACCAGUGCACGUAGAAAAACCAGUGCCUUAUCCAGUCAAGGUUCACGUACCGGCUCCUUACCCAGUCGAAAAAGUCAUCCCCUACCCGGUCGAAAAGAAAGUGCCUAUUCCAGUGAAGUUAAGAUCCCGGUACCAAUUGUGCACCACGAAGAGCAACAUGGCGGUGGUUACGGCGGUGGUAACGGCGGUGGUUAACGGCGGUGGUUACGGCGGUGGUUACGGCGGUGGCAGCAGCGGUGGUAGCUAUGGAGGCCAUGAAGGCUUAAGUGGUGGCUUUCAUGAAGAAGGAUUGAGUGGCGGCUUUGAAGGUUACGGUGGUCAUGAAGGUGGUAAUGAAGGUUACGGUGGCCAUGAAGGUGGUCUUGAAGGGCUGGAAGGCCACAGCUUAGGAAGUUACGAGAAUGGUCAUGAAUACCAUCAUUAA